GUCAGGUCACACUUAUUCUGAAGGAUCUAGGCCGGACGUCGUAUUGUUUGUGUCCGCGCGCGAGGGAAGUUGAGUCGCUAUCGUGAGUGGAAAGGCUGUAAAGUAACGUUAAAUAAAGUUAGGAAGUAGCUAGUUUGUGUCAAAGUUUUCUUUUGGGUGAAAGCCGCAUUGGGGCAUUUAACAUAGCCAAGUGAGGUCACAUUAGCAACUAAACUGUAACUUCUAUCUAUAAGCGCAUGUGUGUUUAAUUUUCUGCCCAUAAUAAGCAAGCUAAUGUUAGCCAGCUUACUAAGCGUAGCUAACUUCACUGGCAACUAAAAACGUCGACGUUUAGAGCUAACGUUACCGUUAAAUUGUAACGUACUUGUUUUGUUCUCGUACUUAAAGAGAAAGGGGAGGUUUGUUGUAGUGUUGUUAGUAAGCAGCCGUUGUUGGGAAUGUCACCUAUGUAUGGUCGCAGUCAUGAAUGGUCAACGAACAUCUCAGACAGCGACUCAGAGGAAGAGCCCAAGCUCCCUCUCAAUCAGUUCUACCCAUAUAUCCGCUGUGCCCUUUGCUGCGGCUUCCUCAUCGAUGCAACCACCAUCACAGAGUGCCUGCAUACAUUUUGCAAAAGCUGCAUCGUGAAGUACUUUUUCUACAGCAACAGGUGUCCUACAUGCAGCAUUGUCGUCCACCAGACACAACCACUAUACAACAUCAGGCCUGAUAGACAACUGCAAGAUAUUGUUUACAAAAUGGUUCCCUUCCUAGAGGAGUUCGAAAGAGAACAAAUGUGUAAGUUCUACAAAGAGAGAGGGUUGGAAGUGCCAAAACCAGUGGUAGUCUCUUCUCCGGUUCCUGUUGUGUUGAAGAGGCAGAAGAAGGAUAACAUUCCCCAGUCUGUGUUCACCAUUCCUCCCGAGCUGGAUGUAUCUCUGCUGCUGGAGUUUGUUGGGGCUGAAGAGGGUAUCAAUAACUAUAAGCCAUUAGAGAGGCGGUACGUUCGUGUGUCGGGCGAGGCCACUGUCCGCCACGUGGAGCUGUUUAUCAGGAGGAAGAUGGAGCUGAGCUCUACCUGCCAGGUGGAUGUGGUUUGUGGAGAUCACCUCCUAGAUCACUACCAGUCACUCAAAGACAUACAGAACUCUGUGGGUGAAGAGGCACUACAGGAUGGUCUGUUGGUGCUGCACUUUGGCCUGGUCCUGCCCUCCCAGUCUUGAGCACGAGAGGUGGAUGUAGUUCAUUCCUGAGGAGAUGAAUUGAACUUUUUGACUUUGUUUAAGUACUCUACAACUGUCGUGGAUGUGUUAGGAUUGUCACUAUCUGCUCACAAAACAUCUGAUAAAACUUCCAACUUAAACGUAACAAAAGAGUAGCAGGUGGCAGGCAAAACAUUUCAUGUGUAACAGAAAGUCCAAGAACUUUACACUUUCUUUCUUCAUUGAACAAUCUGAAAUGUAUCUUGUUUUCAGGACAACCCAUGUGUAUGCUAUAAUUGGCUGGACACAGGUGACAUACAGCAUACAAAAUACAUUUUAUCUGAUGAAUGGAAAUGACACGUUCCUAGUCCUACUGCCAAGGUAUCUUUACACAUUGCGCUUCCACUGCAAGACUAGGACUGUGGCUGUAUCUAAAACUGGACCACUAACCAGUGUCAGUGGGUCUGGAACCUUUCAACAGUCUGUGAAGAUAAUACGAUGUGUUGACUGAAAAGCUGCAUCAGUCUAGUUUAUCUGUCUUUUUGGAAACCAGGGACCGGUAUCAUGUGAUUUAAAGGGUUAAAGGGUUUGAAACCAAAGGACUACUACUACCAAAGGGGGGGGUGCACGUGCGUGUGUGUCCAUGUGUGUUUUUAAUUUAAGGGCUUUUGUGUAGACUGUCAGCUGAUGUAAAUUGAUGUUUGACAUCAUUAAAUCUGUUUUCAAUAUAACUCACCAGAACACAGCAGUUAUUUAAAGGGAGUUUGUGUAGUUUUUGAUGGGCUUUGUUAAUAACUUUCCUACUUGUUUUUGUCAUAAUUAAUAAAUAACUGCACUGGGCAAUGUUUCUCAAUUCAUUGUUUCCUCUUUUGUAUUCAUGUUGUGCUUAAGAUCUUUAAUACCAGUUCCCAUAGACCUCAACUGUGAAUAAAGUGUUCCUGGGGAAAAAAUGUCAAUGUAUAACUUCCACCAGUGUCCACUAGCAUUGGUUAUGUGGUUGUUUAAUAUCUUGCUACACUAAAUUAAUUCCUCAUUUCAAAGGCCAAAUAAUGUUCCGUUUCUUCUACCAUUCAGUAAAUGAUGUUAGUGACCUGCAAAUCCUAGGAAUCCACUACAGAAGUCACGAAAACAGUAGAAUUGUGACUGAAAUCAAUAAAGAAAAUUGCUAAU